AUGGCUUCCAUCUUGACUGCUGGAGAGGCCGUCGCACGCAUUGCAUACCUGGCCAGCGACCUUGUCGUCUCCGUCCAGCCUACUCUCGCUUCAGACUCCGACUUCUCCAACUUCUUCACAACUUAUCAACAGAACAAGGCUUCAGGUCUGAUCUCGACGUCGCCCGAGAUUGUCCCUGUUAAGCACAAUGCAGACCCUCUGCUCUCUGCCUUCCAACCUCUUCGCUCCGGCAAGCUCGUCUCAGUGACAACCUCGUCCUCGAUCUUGGUCCGCGCCGUUCCUCACCUUUACAAGCUCGCACAAUACCCCGUCGUCUUGCACGUAGCACUGCAACCAGCUGGCUACCCCGACUACUCGGACAUCACCUCCAUCAGACAGUCUGGCUUCACGUUCCUUCAGUCUGAGUCAUUGCAGGAGGCGCAAGAUCUUGCUGUGACUGCACAUGCCUUGGCCAUUCAAUCCGGCAAGGGUGUCAUUCACUUCUUCGACUCUGCCAACCUCGCCAAUGACAAUCCUAUUGAACAGGAAGACAGAGAGCUGGUCAGAAAGAUUUUGAAGAUUGAGCAACACUCCCGCGCUGGCUCCACUGAGUCCGGUCUUUAUGCAGACGACGGAAAGGUCGCCACUCGUACCGCCACUGGUGUUGCCGUCGCCAACGGCUCAGCCGUAUCCGAACGCGCUGGCGCACCUGAGGAGAAGUCUUCAUCUGUCCAGACAAGCGAUCGUGAAUCGUCCAGCGGCUCGAGCUCUGACGGUCGCAAUGGUAGCAGCGACAGCGCAUCCGUCGUCUCUUCUAACGCCACUUCUGUCGAGUCUGUGUCAAGCCGCCCCAUCACUUCUGAGGAUAUCGACACUUUCACCACUCAGAUCUGGGCCGAACUAUACGAGUCAACCGGAAGAAGGUACAAGGCCUUUGAAUACUCUGGUCCCGAGGACGCAGAGUCAGCCGUUUUCUUGUUUGGAUCUGAUACCGCUCUCUUCGCUCAGGAAGUCGACAAAGCCAGCUCUUCAGAUGAAUUCUACGGUGCUGGUAUCGUGACCGCACGCCUCUACAGACCCUGGUUGGGUGCUAAGCUUCUUCAGACUCUGCCCAAGAGUUUGAAGAGGAUUGCCGUGCUGGAGCAGAUUCGCCGUAAGACCACUCGCUGGGGUCCUCUCCUUCUCGACCUUCUCAUUUCCAUCAAGACUGCUGGAAGCACUGGUCCUCUGAUUGUCGGUCACCAGCUUGGUUACAUCGAGCCUUCCACAAUUCGCCAGGCACUGAAGGGCAUUUUCCAGAACUUGUCUUCUCCUUCGCCUAUUCAGAAUCUCGAGAUCGGAAACCACGAGGGUCCCAAAGACGCUGAGAAGGGCUUCGAGUUGGAGCAGCCCAAGGUUGAGAAUGCAUACAUGAAGAUCCUCGACCAACUGUUCGGAGACCGUCUUCACGUUGCCAACAGACUUGGAGCUGACAAUGCAGGCGUUUCGAACGAGAUCAGCGCAACUCCCGAAUACGGUUUCGGUUCUCUCGUGGCACGCUCUGAGCACAGAGAACGAUUCAUCUCUGAAGUCCAGACGGCUGCUAAGUCCGGUGACUUCGCCACCGAUGCCCCUAAGCAGCAACUCUCCCAAUGGCUUCUCGACGCUCAGCAGGCCUCCAAGGCAAACAAUCUUGCCCCUGAGGUCAUCUCUGGCUUGAGCAGCGACAAGUCUGCCUUGGCUACUGAGCUUCUGACCAACAAGGGGCUCUUUUUCAAGGAGUCGCAAUGGUUGAUCGGUUCAGAUGCAUGGUCCUACGACUUGGGCAACUCUGGUGUUCACCACGUUCUCGCAUCUGACAAGAACGUCAACAUGCUCAUCAUUGACUCGCAGCCCUACUCGGAGAGAGCUGCUGCUGAUGCCUCAAGAAGAAAGAAGGACAUUGGUCUUUACGCCAUGAACUUUGGCAAUGCCUACGUCGCCUCUGUUGCUGUCUACAGCUCUUACACCCAGGUUCUGCAGUCCAUGCUUGAGGCCGAGCAAUUCAACGGACCCUCGGUCGUUGUUGCCUACCUGCCUUACACCAAGGAGACCGACUCGCCACUGUCUGUUCUUCAGGAGACCAAGAAGGCCGUUGACAUUGGUUACUGGCCCCUUUACCGAUGGAACCCUCGCGCAGAGGAGAACGGCGAAGAAAACUUCCAGCUGGAUUCAGAGCGCAUCAGACAGGAGCUCAAGGAGUUCCUCAAGAGAGACAACUACCUGACCCAACUGAUGAAGAGACACCCUCAGUUCAGCGCAAACCUUUCGCAGUCCUACGGAUCUGAGGUCCGUCAGCUGCAGAAGCGCAAGGCCAAGGACGCCUACAGCAGUCUCCUCGAGGGUCUGCAGGGCGCUCCUCUUACCAUCUUGUUCGCUUCGGACAACGGCAACUCCGAGAAUCUGGCUAAGCGUCUGGGUAACCGUGGCAAGGCCAGAGGAUUGAAGACCAUGGUUAUGGCUAUGGACGAGUACCCUCUGGAAGAUCUCUCGACCGAAGAGAACGUUGUCAUGAUCGCGAGUGUAGCUGGUCAGGGUGAGUUCCCUCAGAACGGUAGAAACUUCUGGGAGGGUGUCAAGAACUCCACCGAUUUGGAUCUUGCCAGCCUUAACUUCUCCGUCUUUGGUCUUGGAGACAGCCACUACUGGCCUAGAAAGGAAGACAAGAUCUACUACAACAAGCCUGCAAAGGACCUUUACGCCAGAGUUGUCACUCUUGGUGGCAAGUCUCUUGUUGAUUGCGGUCUUGGUGACGACCAGGACCCCGAUGGUUACCAAACUGCUUACAACUUGUGGGAACCCAAGCUCUGGGACGCUCUGGGCGUCGGCAACGUCGAAGGACUUCCUGAUGAGCCCCCACCGAUCACCAACGAGGACAUCAAGAUCAACUCGAACUUCCUUCGUGGAACCAUCGUGGAGGGUCUUCAAGAUCAGUCCACCGCAGCCAUCUCCGCUGCCGACCAGCAGCUGACCAAGUUCCACGGUACAUACAUGCAGGAUGAUCGUGAUCUUAGAGACGAGCGCAAGGCCCAGGGCCUCGAGCCUGCAUACUCUUUCAUGAUCCGUUGUCGUCUGCCUGGUGGUGUUGCUACCCCAGACCAGUGGGUCCAGAUGGACGCUAUCGCUUCGACUUUGGGUAACGAGACUAUGAAGUUGACCACCCGUCAAACCUUCCAGUUCCACGGUGUUGUCAAGACCAAGCUGAAGCCGGCCAUGCAGGCUAUCAACAAGGCCCUCAUGACCACCAUUGCCGCUUGUGGUGAUGUUAACCGUAACGUCAUGUGCAGCAGUUUGCCCGAGCACUCUGAGUACCAUGCCGAGGUUCAUGCAAGCUCCAAGCUGAUCAGCGACCAUCUCUUGCCUGCCACUACUGCUUAUCACGAGAUUUGGCUCAAGGACGAGAACGACGUCAAGACUCAGGUUGCUGGAGACGCUGUUCAGGACCACGAGCCUAUGUACGGCCCUACCUACCUGCCUCGCAAGUUCAAGAUCACUAUCGCCAUUCCUCCCCACAACGACACUGACGUUUACGCUCACGAUGUUGGUCUCAUCGCCAUCAAGGGUGAGGACGGACAUCUUGCUGGAUUCAACUUGCUUGCUGGUGGUGGUAUGGGAACUACUCACAACAACAAGAAGACAUACCCUCGCACUGGCAGUAUGCUCGGUUACGUUUCCAAGGAUAAGGUUCACAUUGCUUGCGAGAAGGUCAUGCUUGUCCAGCGCGACAACGGUGAUCGCAAGAACCGCAAGCAUGCUCGUCUGAAGUACACCAUGGACGACAUGGGUGUUGACGUCUUCAAGGCAGAGGUCGAGAAGUACUGGGGUGAGCAGUUUGAGGAGGCUCGUCCCUUCCACUUCAAGAGCAACAUCGACACCUUUGGCUGGCAGAAGGAUGAGCACGGUCUGAACCACUUCACCAUGUUCAUCGAGAACGGACGUAUCGAGGACACUGCCGAUUUCCCGAUGAAGUCCGGUCUGCUGGAGAUUGCCAAGGCACACAAGGGUGAGUUCCGCCUCACUGGCAACCAGCAUCUCAUUCUGUCCAAUGUCAGCGAUGAGGAGCUGCCCAAGAUGAAGGAGAUGUUGGCCAAGUACAAGCUCGACAACACCAACUUCAGUGGACUGCGUCUUAGCAGUAGUGCCUGUGUGGCUUUCCCCACUUGUGGUCUCGCUAUGGCAGAGUCUGAGCGUUACCUGCCUGAGCUCAUCACCAAGCUUGAGGGUGUGCUGGAGGAGAAUGGUCUUCGUCAAGACAGCAUCGUCAUGCGCAUGACUGGUUGUCCCAACGGUUGUGCCCGUCCUUGGCUCGCCGAGGUGGCGUUUGUCGGUAAGGCGUUUGGUGCAUACAACAUGUACCUUGGCGGUGGUUACCACGGUCAACGUCUGAACAAGCUCUUCCGCAGUUCCAUCAUGGAGGAGGAGAUUCUCAGCAUCAUGAAGCCGCUGCUCAAGCGCUACGCGGCCGAGAGAAACGACGGCGAGCAGUUCGGAGACUUCUGCAUUCGCAUUGGCAUGAUUAAGCCCACAACCGAGGGCAAGUUCUUCCACCACGACACGGCCGAGGUUGAAUCGGAUGAAGAGUAA